CUCUUGUGCUUCAGGUCAACAGUCUGAGAAAAUAACUGUGGCCGCACAUCACCUCUCCUCCUGCUCUCCGAAUCCAACUCAUCAGCCAACCUGACCUGAUCCGGCUCUGAACUACCGCAAGGAUGAGUGGACAUGCCUGUCUUAACAGAGCACCUGUGUCAAGAUUUAGAGGGAUUCCUCAGUGAUCGGAGGCCUAAGUGUCCAAGCAGACUCGGAGGGCUGGGAGGAGGGGACAGGCAGGGACACGGCUCUGUCCAGCGGGAUCACACAGUCUACAGUAAGAAUCCAUACUGGGAGGACUACACAGACACAGCAGGAGCAAUGAUCUGAUCACCCAGAGAGACGUGGACAACAUUAAACCCUCUUCUGAGCACUUUUAAUGAUUCCAGGGAGGGAGCAGCGAGGACGCAGAUGAUGAUGAAGUGCCUGCGGAGCGUGUGAGUCCUGGCUCGUGCUGGCCAGAUGGCUGAGGUUAAAGUCACGGUGCAGGAGGAUCCAAAUCUGGGCUCCGGUCCAGAUGAGGAUGCCUCUGAGUUGUCAGUUUCUGAGAAUGAUUCAGAUUCUGGGAGUGUGCUGUCAGAUGACUCCGUGCUCCCUAAAUAUGAGCGGGAAGAUGCCAGUGGAGGCCCUGCCAACACCUUGUACCAAGCCUGUGCCAAGAACAAUGCAGCAGCCCUCCGCAGAGUUCUGGAGAGGGGUGUUUCAAGAGACGAAGUCAUGGAACUAGACAUAAACGGCAGGAACGGUCUGAUGUUGGCCGUCUCAAAAGGCUUUGUGGAUAUUGUGUAUGGACUCAACCAGUGCCCAUUUCUGGAUAUCAAUCAUCAGGAUAAUGAUGGCAACACUGCACUCAUGAUCGCUGCACAGGCUGGUUUUGUAACCAUCCUCACCUACAUCCUAAAUUUCUUCACUGGGGUGGACAUGGAGCUCCGGGACAACCGAGGCUUCACCGCACUCCUCAAGGCAGUCAUGCAGGGCAGCGAUGACUGUGUGGCCUCACUGCUCAUGGCUGGGGCCGACAUAUAUGUUGUGGACGCCACAAGGGGGAAGGAUAUACGAGAAUGGGCUUUGAAGACGGGUCGCUUUGACACCUUAAACAGGCUUAGACGGCUGAACAACAGACCUCAGGCUGAACAGUUCUGUGAAAAAUAUGUCCCAGAGUGGCCAGACCUGAAGCUGCUGGUGGCCAAGGCCACAGCCACAAAAAGCACAGGACAGAAAGUCGCCCAUCGCCUGAAGUCCACGUUCACCUUUAGUUUUCCACAUGACCCCCAGGACAAUGGCAUCAUGGACCAUAUGGUGCGUAUGACCACAAGCAUCCACAGUCCCUUGGUGGUCACCGGAUGCCGUCCACUGUGUCCCUCAAGCCCGCCGGAGAUCGGAAAGAGACGCCUGGCCGUGCCUGAACUGAUGCAGUUGCACCCUGGGAAAAAGCUUGAGGAACACGUGAUACGGCACAGCAGCAGCUCCCUCUCUGUCGCGUCUACCACUGCCUCUUCUGUCUCGCUGGCCUCGUGCUGCUCCAACUCGGAGCGGAGGGGCAGCGUGCUCUCGAUGGCCUCCAAUGGCGUCCGUAAGUUCGUCCCGCGCAGCAUGGCCCGCCGCAAUAGCGUGUUCCCUGCCGGCUGCGUCCCCCAAAUCAAAGUGACCAAGUCUGGAGACCCAACACCCAAAAAGGAGAAGAAGAGUAAGCGAACCAAAGGUUACUUAGAGCCACCGAUAUGGAAGUACAAGGAAGCUAAAGAGGAAAAGAAAAAAGAGAAGAAAAAAGCAGAACAAGAGAAAGCGGAUAAAGAAUCCAAGAAAAAAGUUAAAAAAUGAGUAAACUGCCAACAGAUUGCCACAAUGCUCUAGAUCUUUCAUAUCUGCUCCUAAGAGGUAAAAGGGAAAUGGAUCAUGCUUCUAUGGAUGGAUUUUAUUCUCACAGCUGUUUUAAAUGAAAUGCAGUCUAAAUGACAUUUGAUGAAUCCAUAUAACCUCAAUAUGAUUAAUACCUCUCCAACAACCAGUAGGCCUAUAUUUACAUCCAUUUUUAACAUUUUCUGAUGUAUUCAGGUCUUCUUUUCUAAGCCCAUUCUACUCGAUGAGUUUACAAUGGCAUCUUUAUUUAUUUUAAUGGAUGAUUUUAAAAGACUUUUAAAGCUAAACUACUGUUCAAAAGUUUGGGGUCGGUAAGAUUUAGUCUUUUAAUGUUUUUAAAAGACGUCUCUUUUGUUCACCAAGACCAAUAUACAGUAAAAAGCUGAAAUAUUCUGAAAUAAUAUUACAGUUUUAAAAUAACUGUUUUCUGUGUUAAUAUAUUUUAAAAUGGCAAAGCUGAAUUUUCAGCAUCAUUACUCCAGUCUUCAGCGUCACAUGAUCCUUCAGAAAUCAUUCUGAUGAUUUGAUGAUCAAGAAACAUUUCUUAAUAUUAUCAAUGUUGAAAACAGUUGUGCAGCUUAAUAUUUUUGUGGAAACCACAAAAAACUAACUAGAAAGUUCAAAAGAACAGCAUUUAUUUGAAAUAGAAAUAUUUUGUUACAUUUUAAAUGUCUUUAAUGUCACUUUUUAAAAUCAAUUAAAUGCGUCCUUGCUGAAUAAAAGUAUUAAUUUCUUUCAGAAAAAAAAUCUUACCACAAACUUUUGAACGGUAGAGUAUUUGUCUCUUUACUGUUAUUUUCAUUUGUCUGUAUUGCACUCCAAUAUUUAAAAGUCUCAGCAUAGCAGUUUGACUAUGUUCACUUUGACAGCACUUUAAUAGUUUAAAUCUUUUAUCAUAACGACAAUAUUUAUCAUUCCUAUUCGCCUCUAUGCAAUUGUUUGAAAUGAAUGUUUAUGGAUUUGUUCAUUAUUAUAUCUUCUUGUGUCUCAGGGAAAGCACUUAUUGUGUACUUUAUAAAACCAAGCACUAAAGUGACCCCAUGAAAAGCAAAAUCUAUGCAACACCCUGCAUUUAUUUAUUAUUGUUAUUAUUGGUCUGUGCAUGAUGAUCCUGAUGGAAUUUGUACUGUACAUUGCACCAGCCAAUAUUUGUUUCUGUUUGUUUUCGACUGACUAUAUGUCGUGAUAUUCUAGUUGCAUAUCAAUUGAAAACACAAUAUUUUAUGAAACAAAAAAGUCUAAUUCAAUAAAGUUUAAACACCUAUUUGUGA